UCUUGCAUCAAUUCAUCUAUUAUAUCUAAUUAGGCAUGUCAAGUUCUCAUUGUCUUGAAAAUCCACCUAACCUGAACUCAGGUAUCCAUGGAGUUGGAACAGUCCUUGAACUUGGAGGACUUCAAUCCUAUGUCACUGGACCUUCUAAUUCCAAAUUGGCACUCAUCCUAAUUUCUGAUAUCUUUGGGUACGAAGCACCAAUGCUAAGGAUACUUGCUGAUAAAGUAUCAGCAACUGGAUACUUGGUUGUUGUUCCUGAUCUUCUAUAUGGUGACUACGCUGAUAUUGAUAAUCCGCAAUUCGACCGAUUUUCAUGGAGAAAGGCUCAUGGACCGGACAAGGCAUGUGAAGAUACCAAGCCUUUAAUUGCUGCUCUAAGGAGUAAAGGUGUUACAUCAAUAGGAGCUGCAGGUUUUUGUUGGGGAGGGGUGGUGGCUGUUAAAUUAGCAAGCUCUAGUAACAAUAUUCAGGCUGCAGUUAUUCUACAUCCUGGUGUAAUCUCAGAUAAAGAAUUUCAUGAUGUGAAAGUCCCUAUUGCUUUAUUGGGAGCUGAAAUUGAUACUAUUUUCCCACAAGAAAGGUUGAAGAAAACUGAAGAAUUAUUGUCUGCAAAAGCAAAGUUAGAAAGCAUUGUGAAGUUGUACCCUGGUGUUAGUCAUGGAUGGACAUUGAGAUACAGUGUUGAAGAUGAAGUUGCAGUUAAGAAUGCAGAAGAGGCUCAUCAGGACAUGUUGAAUUGGUUUAUCAAGUAUGUCAAGUGAAUGUCAAAAAUGAUACAUGUAAUUGAAAUUAAGUGAGUAAAAAUAUUAUUGUUGUUUACUUGUGGUUAAUAAGAGAAUACAAUGUGAAAAAGUGUUACAUUUAGGUGUACUAUUUGUUUAUAGUAAUUUAUUAGUAAACUUGUCAACUUGGUGAAUUGUUGAUGUUUGUGAAAUUGGCUCAGUGUUUCAAUUAUAAUAUUAAUAAGUUUAGCUUUGUUUUCUUUUAUAAUUUGUUUUGAACCAUCCCACUAUAGGUGGUCCAAACUAUACUUAUCUUUUAAGGUGUCUAUGUUUUAUUUUCAGUUA